CUGAAUCUAUGCCUUGACUCUCUUCUACCUUGCCGCAUUGGAAGAGGGCGCGAUCCGGUUGCCCUCGCACGAGAAUUUACUGUUGAGGCAUCAGCAUCUAUCAGCGAGGGGGAGAUUUGGUGGGAAAGGAAACAGGGGAGAGAUGAAGAAGCCGUCUGAGAAAGCCUCUGGGAAGGGCGGUCAAGCUAAUUCUAAGAAGUCCCCUAACAAGAGAAAGCCGAGUCAGGGUUCAGUUGAUAUAUUUGCUGCACAGUGCCAAGAAUGCUUGAAAUGGAGGGUGAUUCAUACACAAGAGGAGUUUGAAGACAUUAGACAAAAUGUCGUUGACGAACCUUUUUACUGCAACAGAAAGCCAAAUACAUCGUGUGAUGACCCUGCUGAUAUCGAGUAUGAUGCCACUCGAACAUGGGUCAUCGACAAGCCUAACCUCCCAAAGAGUCCAGAAGGCUUCAAGAGAAGUUUGGUGCUGAGAAAAGAUUACUCUAAACUGGAUCCUUAUUACAUAACCCCCACUGGCAAAAAGCUCAGAACCCGCAAUGAGAUAGCGUCAUAUCUAAAAGAGCAUCCCGAAAUUAAAGACGUAUCCGCUUCUGACUUUGAUUUUUCAGCCCCGAAGAUAAUGCAUGACACUAUUCCUGAGAUUGUUGGGAAGAAGGAUUCUGCUAAAAAAAAGAUCAAGAUGUCAAAUGAUGAUAAUCGGGUUGAAGCAUCAUCGUGAGCAGUGGAUGAUGGUCUUUUUGAUUGGUAUGUUUUUUCUGGGACGAAUCAGUUAGAGGCAGUAAGUGAAAGUCAUUUUCUGUCGGUUUUAUUCUGAAAUAUUCUUGAAUAUGCGAAGUUUUACCGCCCAAUCCCUGUUUACCUUGUGUU